AUCAAACUCGAACUCACGUUGGUUUCACGCCGAAUAAUUAAUUUUGAGGUUAUCAUCUAGAAUAACAAAUUGUUCUGUUACAUUUAUUUAUUAGUUAUCAAUAAAAAAAUAUUUUCUUCUUUAAUUUUCCUUGGAAGAUUUAAUUUUAUUAAUUUCACUCAGUGAUCAAUUAACUGCUCUUGCAAUGGAGCCGUUUAAAAUAGACGCGGAUAGUAAACAAAGUAACAAUAAAAUAAUAUUCUCCGAUGAUGAAAGUGGUAAUAAAAGAGAGAAAAGAAAAUUAUUUGAUGAUGAUGACGAUGAUGACGAAUGUGUUUAUGACAUCAGUGAGAAAAAAAGGUCGAAGAAGAAAGUUAUCGGAAACGAUGAAAGAUUCACGAUAGACAAGAAGCAUUUAGACGACGAAGAGAAAGAAGAAGAGCCAGUUGAGGAACAAGAGGAUGAGGCUUUUGAUGAAGAUGACCUGGUUCAUGAAAAGAAGAAAGAGCUGGAAAUUUUGGGGCAAAUAUUAGGAAAGCCCGUGUUGCCUAAACCAGAAAUAGUUGCUGCCAAAAAAACAAAGACAAUGGAACGUUAUGACCCUACAGGAGACGAUCAUCACAAGCAUGAGAUAAAGAUUAAGACGAAAGAAUCAGAGACGACAAAAAAAUCUAAGAAGAAGAAAAAAGAAAUCCAGGAAGAAGAAAAAAUAAAUGAGGAACCUCCGCCUCCCGUAAAUGAAGAAAUUUUUUAUUCUGUGUCUGAUAAAUUAACGGAGAGCUUGCAAAAAAAAGAAGAGUUCAGUUUAUUGAAAGCAUUUGGAUCUAAUGUACCUGUCGAAGAUGCCAACAACGAAGUGGCCAAAGCAACGGAGUUGAAACCUUUGAAAGUAAAGUACAAUAUAAAAACUAAAAACCCAUUCAAGUAUGACUCAUCCGACGACGAAGAUGAUUCUAAUAAAAAGAAAAAUAAUAAAAAAUUAACUAGUGAAUUCAAUAAUAAUAAAUUUGUUAAGACAAAUAAUUUUUUUUUCGCAUCCAACGAUUCGCGAUUCAAAGAUGCUAUAGAAUUUUUUAAUACUCCUUCGAGCUCCAACGAGUCAUUUAAAGAUACCAGACGUGAAUUAAAACAGAUCGUGAGGUCGAAAAUUCGCAAUAACGUUCGCAAAAACCGCCCAUGGAGAACUAAAGUAUUGAGAGUCAAGUCUAAAAAAUGAUUAUUUUUGUAAGUUUUUUUUUUUUUUUUAUUAUUAUAAAAAAGAAUCAAAUAAAUUUUACAGUUUAAA